AGCUAAGUGAUGCAAGGCUCACCGAACGAUUUGCUUUUAUCAAUCCAGCUUUAGUCUCUAAAGCUGGAAUGGGUGAGACAACAAAGGAAAAUAGGUCAAGGUUGAUUGCAAAUCGUUUAAUGCAUGCAAAGCGUGCUGACUACAUUUUGAUUCCAUAUAACCUUGAUUUCCACUGGGUCUUGGUGGCAUUGGAUAUGAGGACAAUGACUGCGUACUACCUUGAUCCGAUGCAAAAGCAACCAUGUGAUGAUCUUAAGGAAAUUGUUAACAUGGCACUACGAAUUCAUCCACCAGAGAAACAAAGAUCAUCAAAGAGAGAGCCAACACGGGUAAAAGUAGUGAUGCCCUCAUUUCAGUCCAGUAAGAGUUGUAGAUCACAUUUUGACAAUUCUCAUAAGUUCUCAUCUCAUGAGAUAAGUAAUUUUUUCCUCCAUAGUGAUAGAAUAUAAUAGUUUUAUACAUAAACUAUUUCAAUAUAACAAAUCAAAUUAUUACAUCAUCACCAAUGUUGUUACAUGGAGAAGUUAUUUUUGUUAUUGUUGUAUGGAGAAGAAGCAUAUAAUUUGUGAACUCAAUAAAUCAAAUUAUUAUAUCAUGAUCAUCAAUGUUGUCAUUAUUAUUGUUGUUGUUGCAUAGAGAAGUUGUUAUUGUUAUAUGUUUGGACUAAACAAAUCAAAUUAUUACUAAUAUAAUUAUCACCAUCGAUCAUCAAUGUUAUUGUUAUUGUUAUUGUUGUUGUUGUUGUUACAUGGAGAAAUUGUUAUUGUUGUAUGGAGAAAUUGUUAUUGUUGUAUGGAGAAGUUAUUGUUGUUGGAAAGGUUGUUGUUGCAUCAACAGGUUGUUGUUGGAUGGAGGGAUGGUAGAGAGCUUUUUUUUUUUGUGUAGGGUUAAUUAUUAUAUUUGGGUUAUAAUUUUGGAAUUGAAAAUAAAGGCAAGUUUUAGAAUGGUUGUUAUUAUGACAUUUAACCAAUGAUUUGUAGGUUUCUAUUGCCUUGGUUAUGCUCUUUUAAUUUUUAGUUUAAUACUCUUUUUUUCCUUAUGGAAUGUUAUUAGUUAACUAAAUUUGGUAAUAUAGGAAAGUUGCAAGAAGAAAUUAAGGCAUUUGCAAAUGGUUAAUAUUAAAUGUCUUAUAUUACUAGAUAUGAUGAUUUAUGAUUGAAACUAAUUAUAAACCAUACCUAUUGGUAUAUUCAUAUAUUUAUUUAUGAGAAAUGAGUUUGAUAUGUUAGACAUAGAUAAGAAAAUAUUAUAUUACAUUCCAUAUUGUAGAAUUUAUACCAUUGAAAGCCUAACUUGUUUCCUCUAACUUAAUAAUGAACUAAAAAAGUAUUUUAAUAUUUUAUAAAAAAGUAUCAAAUUAAACAAUUUUUCAUCUUCAUUGAAGCAUAACAUCUCAUUAAAUACCAAGUUAUUCUCAUUUGCACUUCUUUCAUGGACCAUUUAUAGAUUUAGAUUUAACUUUCAUUGCAUGUAUAUUAACUAAACAUUAAUAUUUGUUUCUUCUAUUAAUUUUUUUUUAACUGUAUACAGGUAAGAGAUUUCAAGUUCAGGAGUGGUUAUGCAACCAGCAAAAAUACUUUUGGCUUCUUCUUCUUCUUCUUGUAAUAUUAUUUUUGAUAAGGAAUUUGGAGACCUUGUUUUUUGGUACAUGUGUACUUGUUUUAUAUAUGUUGAAGUUGGAAAAUAUGCUUGUAAGUAUUUUGAUACAUUUACAAAUUUGCGUAUUAAUUAACUAUGUAGACAUUAGUUCUUUAUCA